AUGUCCACGAGAAAUUUUACCUUACUUACUUCUCUUACUCCAAUGUCUGUGAACUACAAAAGUUACCAGCAAGUGUUUUCCCUAACUUCUGGGUGCAAGCGCACUUCCACCACCAAACCAAAGGCUCGGGCCGAAACAGUGACGAAAAAGAGAACGAAAACAGGAUGUUUGACUUGCAGAAGACGGAAGAAGAAGUGUGACGAGGUGAAAGUCGACGGAAAGUGCCAGGCAUGUAUCCGGAACUUUAUGGACUGCUGUUGGUCCGAAGAAGCGAAGCAAACUGAAUCAGUAUCGCCUGCCGUGGUUGCAACCGAAAAGAAGCCACAAAGCACAAAAGGCGCCAGUGCUUAUCCUUCGCCCAUCCAGUCGCCCAGAGUUAGCGCUGAUGAUUCAGGAAAAGAAAUCAAACCUUUGGAGCUCCCUCCAAGCAAGUACAAGAUUACCAAGCCCGGCCGUCCCAAGAAACAAGCAAAGAUGGCUCAGUUUGUGGUCACUUCGUUUGGCGCAGACCGGGAAUUAUGUCAGAUCAAAAGCUGA